AACGAUUGCUUUAUCCCAUAAUGCAAUGUCAGCUUCCUAUCGUAUCGUCAUGUUUUGUUUUUAGAGUAAGAUUCUCCGCCAUAGUGCAUUACGCCUACGACAAACAAACCAAACUGCGCCCAUAAUAAUCUUUCACUGAUCUCAUUGUCCCCAUUAAACUAACUAAGAACCUCUCUCUCUCUCUCUCUCUCUCUCUUUGCUUUCACAAGCAAUCCAAAAUUCCAAACCAAAACACAAUUCUCAAAGUCAAUGCACCGACUGUUUUGUGGAUCUGAGUCUUUGGAAGGAGAAUUCUGUUGAGGAAUGCUGAGAAAGGACAAAGUAAGAUUUUAGGAAUUUCAUGGGUCAUUUUCCAUGAGAAGUUUAGAGAUUCUAGGACUUACCUUUUUGGACUUAUCCUCCUGUGUUUGAACAUUUCAUUGGAAGAACAAGCUUUUUAGCCUUGUUUAUUAACAUAAUUAUUGUUUAUCAUGGCGGCAACUGAUUCUUUAUUUCUGUUUGUGUUUGAUCUGAUGGAAAGCUGACUUGAUUGCAGGCAGUUAUUGACAAAUUUGAGUAGAAUAUCCAAAAUUAUAAUAUGUACAGAUCAUUUGUCACCUGUGAUGAUCCCAAAGGAGUUGUAGAAUGUGGAACAAUUAGAAGAUCCAAGAGUGCUUCUCAGAAAAUGGAGGAUAAGGUCAACAAUCAUAGAACACAGAAGAAAUCAAAUACAUCUUUGGCAUACAAGGAAAAGAGAGAAGAGAUGGUCCCUAAAGAGAUUAUAGAAGAGCAUCAUAGUCCCUCUUCGUUUCAGCUCCGGGAGGUCUCUAGAGGAGCUCAGAAGCUGAACCAGUUGAUUGACUCGUUGUCAAAAGGGUUGAGCUGUGAUGGACAGUCCAAAGAUAUUGCAAAGGAGUUGUUGAAAGGAGCUCUUGAUCUGCAAGAUUCUCUAACCAUGCUUGGUAAGUUGCAAGAAGCCUCACAGUAUAUGGCUCAGUUGAAGAAAAAGCAGAAGGAGAAACCAGAAAGAAGAAAAUUUGAAGAAGUGGGUAGCGAGAGAACAAGUUCACAUCUAUCUGUAGAUCACAAUCAUCAACUAGGAUUUCAAAAACCAAGACAUUCUACUGAUGGGUCAUCAAAAGAUUGCAUUGAGGAGCUCAGGAAUGCAAUCAGAGACAGCUUUGCUAGGCAAAAUUUGCUUCCAAACACAUCUAGCCAAGAGAGGACAAAGUUCGAUACGAGAAAGCUGGACUCAAUUUCACAUGUCCCCUCCACAAGCUCAAGCCAAUUGUCAGUGGUUCAGUCAAACUAUAUUCCUUCUUCUGAGUCCACUGCAUCACAAAUAGCCUUAGAGAAGAAAGGAAAAGGCCCAAGCUUGAUUGCCAAGCUAAUGGGUUUGGAAGACAUGCCCUCAAAGAAAUUGACGCAGCCUCCAGAGAGACAGUUGGAUAUGGAGAAGAAUUUGAGUCAGCAGAGGCCAGUCUUCGACAUUGAAAUGCCAAAGCUAAAAAAGCCUCAACCCAUGGUACAGAAGGUAGAUUCAGAGGGAAGGACGCUGAAGGAAUUACUUGAAACCGUGCAAUUUCAGGGACUCUUGAAAAGCACUUCUGUCAAAGAGCUCAAAUCCCAGUCUCAUCAAUCCAGUGAUUUCCAUUCUAAGCAAACGUCAAUCCAUGGCAUUGCACCAAUUGUACUUAUAAAACCUCUGCGUGUUCCCUGCUUUGAAUCAGAAGAGGCACCUGCACCAAUGGUUUGGGAAGAGGGAUCCAUGAACACAAGAAUGAUGCUGAGAAAAAUGAAAAUAAAAGGACCUUUUUCUUCAAGCUCAAUAGAUAAUAAAGACAGCAAAAUGCACCGCAGAACAGAGGCAGAUGAGGCUCGAAUUAAAAAGGUAAUCAAGGAAGAAGCAAAGGAUCACAUUGAGGUAGUUGGGUUACCAGAAGAGAGAGAAAUCAGAACAAUUGAACAGAAAGAAGUGGCUGUGAAAGUAAAGAAGGUGCACAAGAAACUGGAAGCAGAAAAGGCUCCAAUGAAAAGAUUUAGCAAUGAAGAAAGAGCUAAAGACCAAAAAAGGGCAGUCACAGGUGCAGAGGAGAAAGAAGUCAAGGAAAAUUUGAAGGAUUCUUCUCUGAUAAAAGGCUAUAAUCCUGCACAUCAUCAACGACAAAGAAAAGAGACCACAGAUAAGAAAGUAGAUAAGAGUCGGAAUUUGGUGGCCAAUAGCAGAAAACCAGUAGAGAGGGAAAUUGUGAAGGCUAAAAUUGUGUCUACAUCUCAAGAUCAACCCAGGAUAACCUCUACCAAGCUGAGGAAACCUGAAAAUGGAUCUGUUACGACAAAUCAUCAUAUUCCAGAGCACCGUGUUACCACUAGAAAAUCAAUCUCAAAGCUCACAACCCACACUAACAAUCAUAAUUCUAACGAUCAGAAGCAAAAGGAAAAACAAGCAAGUGAGCAUACAGCAGCUAAACCAAAUACUGAUAAUUUAAAAGGCAGAGAAGAUGAUGAGAGGAAUGAUCUCAUAUACAGUGAUCACUCAGAAAAGGAAGGAUCCCCCAUGACACGUGCUGAUCAACUAUCUACAGAGGAAGAAGCAAAUGAUUCCCAACUUCAAUCUGAAGGAUAUGAUGGUGGUGACCAGAGUUCCCUUUGUACUGUCACUGUGCCAACCUCUGAAAAUGGGGAAAAUGCUAAACCUGCCGAACAAGUGGAUGAUCAAAUGACUCGCAUUAGAACAGAUGACACGGGCUUCAAAAGUGCAUACCAAGUGAAAUAUAUGCUUUCGUGCAGUUCAUCAUUCAUAAACCUUGCAAAGGAUCUUUUUCAUCUAAAUAUGAGUUAUCCUAAGAUCCUACCAACAUUUGGCAUACACGAUUCCGAAGUAACUGAUGUUAAACUGUCUCUAGAUUAUGCACAUGAAUUCAUUGAACGUAGAAGCCUUCCUAAUGCACAAACAUGGCGUUCUCCAUUAUAUUAUUAUACAGGAGAUUCAAGAAUUCAUCUUUCUCUAGAUCAUUUGGCAGAGGAAAUUUGUAGAGGAAUUGAAACUCUUAGGAGCUACCAAAAGUUUGCAGGCGACUACCUUCUUACUGAUAAUCUGUAUGCAACAUUUGAGAAAGAUAUGAGGUGCAAAGACGUGGUGAGUGGAAUAUGGGAUUUGGGUUGGCGAAAUGGAUUCUCUAUGGAGGAAAUUGAGCAAGCUUUAAAUGACCUGGAGAAGUCGCUUGUGAGUGAGUUGAUAGAGGAGGUCUUUUCAUGAUUUCUUAGCAUUUUACACUUUAUGAUUGUAUUUAUAUAAAGGUUGAGAAUUAGGCAAAACCAGUCUUUCUGUAAAUAAGUGAUUUCAGUUAAAUAUACAAGACGAAAAAGCUGAGCUUUAUGGCUAUA